AAUCAUUCCACAGAAGUUUCUCCUUGUCACUGACUCUCAUAACUGCAUCCAUCGCAUAGACAUCGACACUGGAAGUAAUUUUACAAUCCGUCCUGAUGGUCUACAGAACCCAUUUGGUAUUGACUACAAUUCAGUAGACGGUCGUGUCUAUUGGUCAAAUGUACAGGACAAGACCAUUCGAUCCGCUAACCUUGAUGGCAGCGAUGCUCGGCUGGUUCGCAGUAUUAGUCAAGAUACGGGAUGGAAGCUCCGAGCUGUCACCGUCUAUGGGUAUCUUCUGUAACACGAGUGUUCCGGACAGAGUGAGGUCCACGUCUAACACCAUGUGGAUCAGAUUCCGGUCUGGCUCACAGUCAGGCACUGGCUUCAAUGCAACUUAGUCAUCAGCAAUCAUUCCACAGAAGUUUCUCCUUGUCACUGACUCUCAUAACUGCAUCCAUCGCAUAGACAUCGACACUGGAAGUAAUUUUACAAUCCGUCCUGAUGGUCUACAGAACCCAUUUGUAUUGACUACAAUUCAGUAGACGGUCGUGUCUAUUGGUCAAAUGUACAGGACAAGACCAUUCGAUCCGCUAACCUUGAUGGCAGCGAUGCUCGGCUGGUUCGCAGUAUUAGUCAAGGAGGUACCCUAUUGGGCCUUUCUGUGGACUCUGUGUCGAGGCUACUAUUCUAUGCCGACAAUGGCAACAAUGUCAUCGGAAUGAUAUCACUGGACAACAACAGUCAUCAUAUUGUCGUCGAUUCAAACAUUGGUCAGCCUGUAGACAUCGAGCUGGACAAACACAAUGGUGUGCUGUACUGAAGUGACGCUGUCUCGCGUAAAAUAGAGAGGUGUAACUAUGACGGCUCGCACCGUCAGAUAUUUAUUUCCUCCAUCGCGCAUCUUAAACGUCCUCAUGGUCUUGCUUUGGACACAGUGGAUGAAUGGAUGUGAAUGUGAAGGCAGGAGACUUUACUGGGCAGCUGCAGACACACAGCUGAUAGGAUGGACGGAUCUGGACGACAGAAAUACUGAAGUUUAUUUUAAAUAUCAGGGCUCGUUUUUUAUGGGCCUGGAUAUCUACCAAACUGACUUGUUUGUCACGGACUGGGGACCUAAAAAACAUCUGGCAAACACAACACACAUCUAUCGCAUUGGCGAAAAUGGAACAAUAAGGGCGACUGUGCAAGUUAAAGGGAGAGUAAACGAUGUUCGGGUCUAUGCCGAGGAGAGAAUACAUACAGUAUCUACCUCGUCGGCACUAACAAGCGAUCAAACAACAAGAAGUGAAACUACAGAAGCAGCGUCAGUGUAUACUGCACCUUACAUAAAACAUUUGUGCACAGCAAUAGCUUUGUUAACCAAGAAGAUGGGAUCAUCGCAGACAGUCCAUCAACUUCAUUUGCCUCAUCAAAUUCUGUUGAGCUGGUGGAAAACAAAGUGGCAGACAGUUCACAAAGUUUGUAACAAUAUGUUAGCUAACUACUGUGCACAUGAACAACUAAAGUAACUGUUCAUGAAGAUUUUUAGUCAAUAACCAAAACACCCGAUAUUUCUAUAUUUACUAUAUGCUGCACCUCAUGAUUUGUGGAUGUAUUACUGAUAUAUUUCUUGAAAUUGACCUCUAACAACAAUUAAGGAGUAAAAUUUUUAAUAAGGUUUUUUUCACACACACACUAACGAAAGUACAGUAGAAUACUAAAUUAUAUGAACUUUUGUAUUUUCCCCCACAUUUUACCCUUUUUUGUAAACCUGUUAGUUGACAAUGUAACAAAACAUAUAACACCAGAAUGAUAAUAAUUUUAACGAAUAAGAAACAAAGAGCGAACAGGAAGUACAGAAAAGUAUCAAUGUCAUAUGAGAGAAAUUUGUCAUUACUCUUUAGAAAAAUAUGAAGUUACUGUAAAAGAAAUGUGCAGAAAACUCUUAUUUACAUCAAUUGAAAUCAAAUUUUUUUUUGUACUUUAGUGUCAUGUAAUAAAGAAACCAUACAACUGAACUUUAAAAUGCCCAAAUUACUUGAACAUGUGUGCUUCAACAUGUGAAUGUUGAUUUGUUUCUUUACAGGGGAGCCUUCAAAGGAUGUGAACAGACACGAAUGCUUAUAAUAACCUAAUGACCAGUUUUCUGAACUGACUAUACUUUUCAACUUGUUAUUACAUAAUAAUAAAUGAUGUAAGUGCUCAUCGUACAAAGUUCAUUUAGAGCACUCAAAAAUUAGCAAUGAAAAACAAACAUCAAAGUUAGACAUUGCUGUGCUGAACCAACUGCUGUUACUGUGUUGUUUUAUAAACAGGUAAAAAGAAUUGAAACAACACACACAGAUAUUUGUUACCAUGUGACAUAUGUAUGAUCUGCUUUAGCGUUCGUGCAAAUAUUUAAGACAAAUAAAAUAAUCUUCAGUAAGAGAUGUACCUGGUAAUGA